UGACAGUGUGUGUGAGUGUGGUGGGUGUGUAGGUAUGUGUGUGGGCAGAGCGAGUCUCUUUCUGGCCCUGGGCUUGUGAGUCCUGUUGUUCUCUACUCUCUCAUGUUUUAAUCAUUUUUUUUCUUCAAUUCAAAUCAAUUAGAAAAACGUUAUUUGUUCCCUUGAAUGGGCACCAUGAUGAGGGAAACAGAUCCAGUGGGGACAGAGAUUGACCUGGGAGACUCUGAUGAUGAAGACCUUGCCGAAGACCUGGAUGAGGACUGUGUGGAGCCUCAGCUGCUAUGGAAAGCUGAACUGGGGGAUGGGAUGGAUGAGGAGGAGGCUGUGUCCCCGUUAGUUGACGUUAGUGACACCAAGCCCCUGCUGAAUGAGAGAGACCCUAGAGGAAUCAACGACUGUCUGAAGGUAUUUCAAGCGCAUUUGUUGUGUUUAUUCAUUUUUAGCAAUUUGCAUGACUUCAUGAGUGGGUUCUUUGUGCUUUCUGGAUUGUCAUCUGAAAAGGGUAAUUCUGUCACAAUCGUAAUAUUAGGUGAUGUGGGGUCAAGCAUAUAAUCUGUCUUAACCCAAUUAGUCAAACCUAAUUUCUUAAACUAGCAAACAGAUCUGAAGCAUUUUAUACGGUAAUACAGUCUGUGGCAUGUCACAGUUGGUUUUCAAUGCUUGUACUGCCCUCUUGUGGGCAUGUCAUUGACUGCACUUUAUCCAUAUUUCUUUGAGUGGCAAAAAUGUACUUUCUGUGCAGUAGUUUGAAAGGAAACAUAAGUCAUUGUGUGAACGUCCACCCUGAGACUAUGACUCUGCCUUUAGGUGACCUUUGAGGAUGUGAUAGCGGAGCCGGUGUCAGUGCGUAGCGGAGACAGAGUGUGGAUCUGGAGUAAUGCCCUGUUCGAGGUCACAAGGGUCUGGAUCUACCGGAUAGUAACCGUCCUGCUGGCCGUCCCUAUGUCCAUCAUCACUGGACUGCUCUUCGCCAUCCUCAGCUUCCUACACAUAUGGUAAGUAUAUAAUAUCAGUUCACUGCCCACUGAGUACAGUUUAUGAACCAUAAGUCAACAUGUUGAAAUUCUCUCUUCUCUUCUCUUCUCUUCUCUUCUCUUCUCUUCUCUUCUCUUCUCUCUUCUCUUCUCUUCUCUUCUCUUCUCUUCUCUUCUCUUCUCUUCUCUUCUCUUCUCUUCUCUUCUCUUCUCUUCUCUUCUCUUCUCUUCUAUUUUCUUCUGUUACUCCAUGUAUUCUUUAUCUAACCCUGACAGGUUCUUUAGCCCAUGCGUCCAUUACAUCCUUAUUAUCACAUACUGGCUGCAGAGCCUAUGGAGCAUCAUACUGGACAUUGGUGUCCGCCCAUUCCUCACUAGUGCCUCAAGGUGCUACAGUGGAAUCAGACUUCGCCUGACACAGGAAUGAAAGAUGAUAGCGCUUCACACAGAGAUAAUGGGAAUAUCAGGAUUGGGUAUAUGGGAUUUUUCAGAACGUUACCCUACUAUGGAAUGCCCUCUGGGGAGACUAUCAGUGCUGGACAAAGUCUUUGUAGGAUGCUCUAGGAUCAGACCAGGGGCACAACUACAGGCCUUUUGGUGGAACAUUGGACCUUACAACUGAACUGAAAUCAAUGCGAUUGAUCAAGACUGGAGAAAAGUGUUUAUAAAGCUCCAACAAGAAGAUUGGUUACCUAUCUGAGAAGUUGUCACAAGUUAAGGUGAAAAGGAGAAUGUGUAAAGGAUCCACAAUCAUUUAGGGUAAAACAUUUUAACUAGUUUACACUGGAAGUGUGCUUUGAAGUGUACUUUUUCACAUGAUGCGAUAGUGUUAGAUUAUUCACUUGUUUGAUGAGCACAUUUAGUAUAAUUCAGAUACAGCACUGGAAUAUAGUGUUAUCUUAUUCAAAUCUGACCACACAUUUCAAAAUGUGCCUCCACUAUUUUUGUUGUAUUGUAGAAAAUAUCAAGUUUAUCUUUAUCUAUUCUGAUAAAAAUGAAAUAUAUCUUAAAUAAAGUGUUAUAGAUUAUGAUCAAUAUAUCAAUAUCAGACUUGUUUUCUUAUACAAAAUCAAUCCAUUGAAAUAUCCCCUCUCUUCUAAUAGACACAACUUAUCUGAAUAUCAACGUUGUACUGAGUACAGUAAUAAGAUUCAAAUAGAUGGGUAAAGGGGCUCUUGUUCUUGAAAGGUGGUACAAUCCAAAUGUUGAAUUUAUUCAUUUACACCCACUCUGCUUGCAGGUGACCUCAUUAUGUAUGAUUACCUUUCUAGCUACACAGUAGGAUAACCUUUUGAUGCUUCCCUACCUCCCACAGCUCAGGGUCUGGACACUCCUCUCUUCCCAUUGGAAAGCCCUCUGCAUUCCCCAGAAUAGGAAAUGGGACAUUUCAAUGAAUUGAACAAUAGCACAGGCAAACUCCCUGUAUUUGAAGUGAACCAUGUUUCACACACACACACACACACAC